GGUGGUUUUCGUCGGUGAAUUCGAUUUCAUGAAUUCGAAAAUAAUAAUUUAAUCGGGAGAGGUGUAUUUUUAGACGGAUUCUUAGUGCGUGCUAAAGUAUAAGCUUAUUAAAAAUAUCGUCAAAACUAAAUUAUACUUCCCUUUGUAUACCAUCAACGGUCUCAACUAAUCAAGCCCCAACGAAGCAUUACAAUCAAACGAUGUCUAGCGAAACUCCAAAAAACUUUUCUAAUUUGGAGACACCAGGCUAUGUUGGGUUUGCAAACUUGCCCAACCAGGUGCACAGAAAAUCAGUGAAAAAGGGAUUUGAGUUUACCCUUAUGGUGGUGGGAGAAAGUGGUCUUGGAAAAUCCACUCUUGUUAACUCUCUUUUUCUAACAGAUUUGUAUCCUGAAAGAGUUAUCCCUGAUGCUAUAGAGAAAACAAACCAAACAGUGAAGCUAGACGCUUCAACUGUUGAGAUUGAAGAGAGAGGCGUCAAAUUACGGCUUACAGUUGUUGAUACACCAGGAUAUGGAGAUGCUAUUGAUAAUACUGAUUGCUUCAGGUCGAUUAUUCAAUACAUUGAUGAGCAGUUUGAGCGGUUUUUGCGCGACGAGAGCGGUCUCAAUCGGCGUAAUAUUGUCGACAAUCGCAUACACUGCUGUUUCUACUUCAUCUCUCCGUUUGGACAUGGCCUCAAACCUCUGGACAUAGAGUUCAUGAAACAGCUACACAACAAAGUUAACAUUGUUCCUGUCAUCGCGAAGGCUGAUUGUCUCACCAAGAAAGAAGUUCAACGGCUCAAAAGCAGGGUGAUGGAGGAGAUUGAAAGAGAGGGAAUUAAAAUCUACCCUCUGCCAGAUUGUGAUAGCGACGAAGAUGAAGAUUAUAAAGAACAGGUGCGGCAAUUGAAGGCGGCUGUACCGUUUGCUGUUUGCGGCGCAGGGCAACAGUUGGAGGUACGCGGCAGGCGAGUACGCGGUCGACUGUACCCGUGGGGCGUGGUGGAGGUCGAGAACCCCGACCACUGCGACUUCAUCAAACUGCGGACUAUGCUCAUCACCCACAUGCAAGAUCUCCAAGAGGUGACUCAAGAAGUCCACUAUGAGAACUACCGUUCGGAAAGACUUGCGCGCAACGGACAGAUUCCGAAGAGGCAUACAUCAACAGAGAGUGGAUUGAGUGAAUCAGACUCUGGCUUGACUAAUGGAUCCAACGAGGACUCCACAGAACGUGAGCGCGCAUUACGUGAAAAGGAGGCAGAGCUGCGUCGCAUGCAGGAGAUGCUAGAGCAGAUGCAGCGUCAAAUGCAACUGCAGGCGGCCGCAAACACUACCUCCGCAUAGUGCACCCAGGCCCUGCAGCUGGGGACUAGUAGGGCGGCCCAGCUGUCGGAGGCUUGCAACGUAGUAAACUCUAUACUACGCAUAAUACCCUACUGCGUCACUUCCACCUAACAAAUUUGCUAACAAAACGCCUACCCGACCCGCCGACCUACGCGGUAUUAAAAGUGUUACUAACGACUGUGUAUUUGUAUUUAAACCUCUUUUGUAUAUUUACAGAGGGUUUUAAAAGAUUAAUUAUAAAAUCCGUGUAAAACCUCAUUAUUCAUUUGUUGUAUAAAAUUGGCCGACGAAGACUGAGUGACGCAGUGGGCAGUGACCCUGCUUUCUGAGUUAAAGUCUAGCUUCGA